UAAUAAUAUAGCAAUUUUCACAAAAAUUCAUUUCUAUUUUUGUUGCAUUUAUCUAAUAUUUUCGUAUUCUAUUAUAUAUUUGAGUUAUUCACAGGAAAAGCACUUACGUUUUUAAUUAGUAUAUACAUUAAUAUUAUUUCUGCUCUCAGGGUCACAUUAAGAACUAUAUAUUUAGACAAUAAUUACUUUGCUGAUUAGUAUUUUUUAAGACACACAACAUCACUCUACUAUCCGCCACUAUAUUCUACUACCUGCUUUUAAAAGAAGAUUUUAUCAGUCACUUGAAAAACACGGCAAAACGUGGAUUAUCGAUUUUACAUACUGCCGAUAGAACGCUCCUUGCGUGAUAGCAUGCAAUUGCAGCAAUUCCUUCUCCGGAACAAAAUUGAUUUUUCCACCGCACGUAUGUCAUCGUUUUCCUUUCCCUCAUGAAGUCACACGUAGCGGUCAUGCGCAACUUCUUAUGGUUAGCACAGUCGACAAUUUGCAGCAGUCGCUAUCGCACAUUCGAGACGAUAGCAUGGCCAAAAUUGUUACCAUCCCUUGGUCGAAUGUGAACUAUGAAAAGGAUAUCUUUAACGCAUUGAUAUGGAGCCGGUGGAUACUGCGAGUCCUCGGGAUCUGGCCAUUGGUGUUUCCGUACACCACGAAGAUCGAGAAGAUCCUAGCGACGAUCUCGUUUUCAGUAUGUGUGUCCGCUCUCAGUUUUCUUCUGAUACCUAUGACCAUCUACACUCUCUCGGAUCAGACCGUGACUAGUGACAAGAUAAAGAUGCUGGGUCCGUUGGCUUAUGUGGUCGCUUCGGUGAUGAAGUACCUGGUUCUGGUGAUUCGUCAUAGAAGUAUUCGACGGUGCAUUCACGUUUUGAGUGUCGAUUGGCGCGCUGUCCAAGAAGAGUAUUAUCGAACGAUCAUGAUAAAGGACUCGGUGAAAGGACACGUGCUAUCCAAGUUUUGUAUAACGUUUAUAUAUUGUGGCGGCUUGUGUUAUAACACCGUGAUACCGUUUUUGUCACGAAGACCCGAUAACGAAUUAAAUUCUACCGUCGGUCCUGUAACAUAUCCCGGGUUUGACAUCAUUUUUGAUCUACGCUUCGUGCCGGCUUAUGUGUUCGUCUUUUGCGCACAAUUAUUUUCCAGUAUCAUAAUGUUCAACAUCACCACGGCAGUGUGUUGCUUGGCUGCUAUGUUCGUCGCUCAUGCCUGCGGCCAGAUGGGGAUUGUAAUGGCGAAGGUAGAAAAUCUCGUGCAGAAUGUGCAAAGCAGUCAUAUGAAUUCCAAGCAUCGUAUAGCGAUUAUUGUAAAUCACCAUGUGCAAGCUUUGAGAUUUUCGGCCAGAAUCGAGGAUGUCCUAAAUGAACUAUGUAUGGUAGAAAUAAUGGAAUCAACAUUGAUAAUAUGCUUACUGGAAUAUUACUGUCUCAUGGAAUGGCAUAAUAAUGAUGGCUUUGCAAUUAUGACAUAUAUUUUUCUGUUGACGUCAUUUGUCUUCAAUAUUUUUAUGUUUUGUUACAUCGGUGAGCUACUGACGGAUCAGUGCAGCAAAGUGGGACACAUUUCAUAUGAAAUCGAAUGGUAUCGUUUACCAGGAAAAACUGCAGUCGAUCUCACGUUAAUGAUCAAUAUGUCUCAUCAUCCGACAAAAAUUACUGCCGGAAAAUUAAUCAGCCUCUCGUUCUCUAGUUUUGGUAACGUUCUGAAAACUUCGCUCGCGUACUUAAAUUUGCUGCGAACUGUCGUUUAAUACCCGGGAAAGACUC